GCGUCGUGCCGGAAGCCAGGCUGGGCCACGUCUUCAGGAUCUGAGUGAGCGGGUUUGGUUCGCGCUGAGCGGUGGCUGCUCGGGCGUGGAGGGAACGUUUCUGCUCCGAAACUAGACAUGGACCUGGAGGCUGUUUCUAAACGCUCAGCAUUCCAUGCCAAGCCCCAGGGACUCAUUCUCCAGUAUGGGACUGCUGGAUUUCGGACAAAUGCCCAACAUCUGGAUCAUAUCAUGUUUCGAAUGGGAUUGCUAGCUGUCCUGAGGUCAAAGCAGACAAGAUCCACCAUUGGAGUCAUGGUUACAGCCUCACACAAUCCCGAGGAAGACAACGGUGUGAAACUGAUUGAUCCUUUGGGGGAAAUGUUGGCCCCUUCCUGGGAGGAGCACGCUACUUGCCUAGCCAGUGCUGAGGAGCAGGAUAUGCCUGGAGUGCUCGGUGCCAUCAUGGAGAAAGAAGCCGUGGAUCCCCAGCAGGCUGCCUUCGUGGUGAUUGGUAGAGACACCAGGCCCAGUAGUGAGAAACUUUCACAGUCUGUAAUAGAUGGGGUGACUGUUUUAGGAGGUCAAUUUCAUGAUUAUGGCCUGUUGACCACCCCUCAGUUGCACUACAUGGUGUAUUGUCGGAAUUCCGGAGGCCGGUAUGGAAAGGCAACCAUAGAAGGCUACUGCCAGAAACUCUCCAAGGCUUUUGUAGACCUAACCAAACAGGUUUCCUGCAGUGGAGAUGAAAACAGAUCAGUUAAAGUCGACUGUGCAAACGGCAUAGGAGCCUUGAAGCUGAAAGAAAUGGCGCACUAUUUCUCCCAGGGACUGUCGGUUCAGCUGUUUAAUGAUGGGACUGAAGGAAGGCUCAAUCACCUGUGUGGUGCUGACUUUGUGAAGAGUCACCAGAAACCCCCACAGGGGAUGGAAAUGAAGUCUGAUGAAAGAUGCUGCUCCUUUGAUGGGGAUGCAGACAGGAUCGUGUAUUACUACAGUGAUGCAGACGGCCACUUUCAUCUCCUAGAUGGAGACAAGAUAGCCACAUUAAUUAGCAGUUUCCUUAAAGAGCUCCUGUUGGAGAUUGGAGAAAGUCUGAGCAUUGGUGUGGUACAGACUGCGUAUGCAAAUGGAAGUUCUACAAGAUACCUUGAAGAAGUUAUGAAGGUACCUGUUUAUUGCACCAAAACUGGUGUCAAACAUUUGCAUCACAAGGCUCAAGAGUUUGACAUUGGAGUUUAUUUUGAAGCAAAUGGGCAUGGCACAGCAGUGUUUAGUGAAGCCGUUGAAGUGAAGAUAAAGAGACUAGCGCAAGAACUUGAAGAUGAGAAAGGAAAAGCUGCCAAGAUGCUUGUGAGCAUCAUCGACUUGUUCAACCAGGCGACUGGAGAUGCUAUUUCUGAUAUGCUGGUGAUUGAGGCCAUCCUGGCUCUGAAGGGCCUGACUGUGCAGCAGUGGGAUGCUCUUUAUGUUGAUCUUCCUAACAGACAACUCAAAGUUAAGGUUGCAGACAGGAGAGUUAUUAGCACCACUGAUGCUGAAAGACAAGCACUCACUCCGCCAGGACUCCAAGAAGCAAUCAAUGACCUGGUGAAGAAGUACAAGCUUGCCAGAGCUUUUGUUCGACCCUCUGGUACAGAAGACAUUGUCCGGGUAUAUGCAGAAGCAGACUCACAAGUAAGUUGGGAACAGGGAGGAGAAAUCAGUUGUGUUUGGAGUCUCACUGUGGCAAAAGGUUUUUUGUUGAGAGUAAGACUGAAUGCACUGCAAGGUAUAUAGUUAAAUAGUUUCACACGCCCUUUAAUUUGUUACCGAACCGUUCUUUAUUGUGGAUUCUUGAGUGUGUGAUGUUCUGGCUGUGCAGAGUAUCUCAUAAAUCCUUCCUUUGCUAAUUGUAAUGUAUUAUAGAUUACUCUUUUCCCUUUAAAAAUGUAGUUCUAUGAGUUGGUUUGUGGAAGCAGCCAGUUUUAAUAUUUCCAUAGCAGCUGGUAACGCUGCUUUUCUUUCUGGACUUUUGAAUUGCUUUUCAAAUUUUUCUUACUCUACCUGUAUUUCCUGCAAUUUUAUCAUUUGUACUUUAUACGUACUGUGGUUGAAUGGGGACUCGGGAAAUAUCAGCAGUUAAUUUUUACAUGACAAUAGGUAUCUCUGAUGGAAACCCUAAGAAUUACUUAUUAUUAGCAGUUGUAGCCUUUUUUUGGGUGGGGGCGCGGGGAGGGGUGGAGAGGUUGUUUUCAAGACAGGUUUUCUCUGUGGCUUUGGAGCCUGCCCUGGAAUUAGCUCUUGUAGACCAGGCUAGUCUCAAACUCACAGAGAUCUGCCUGCCUCCCAAAAGUGCUGGGAUUAAAGGCGUGCACCAUGACUGCCUCAUAGCCUUCUUGAUUUUAAAGGGGCUUGGUUACUUACUCGGUUUAGGAACUGAGAUUUUUAUAAACUGAAUUGAAAACUUACCUUAUUUAGAAGAGCCUAACUCACUUUCUAUUUAUUUAUGGGCUUUGGAACUUACUACAAAAAGAUGAAAAAAUGAUUUGAAUACCUCUGAAUCAGAAUCGGGAAGCAUCUCCCUCUAGAAUAGCCAGUGAUAGAUGGAAGGUGCCGUGUCUCUCACCUAAUCUCUGCUUGUGAUUCACAGGAAAGUGCGGAUAGGCUUGCAUAUGAAGUGAGUUUGGUGGUGUUUCAGCUGGCUGGAGGCAUUGGA